UGGGCCAGAAAAAUGACAAAUCGCAGUGUCUCUGUGACAUUUGAAACCCCCCAAAAAAGUAAUCUCCCUCCAGACGGUGGAGGUGAUGAAGGUGAUCCAGGCCCACUCCCUGGUGCUGUCCCUGCAGAGCCCUGUAUUUGAGGAGCUGCUGCUCGGGCGUAACGGCACCACCCUGGUCCUACUGGAGACCGCUGAGUGUGCUGAGGUCUUCGACAAGUUCAUCAGGUACCUGUACUGUGGAGAGAUCUCUCUGUGUCUUGAGCAGGCCACCCCUCUACACAAGCUGCCCACUAAGUACCGCGUCCAGGGCCUCCAGCAGGGGGUCACCCAGUACAUGACUCAGAACCUGGCCAGCCCCUCUGGACACGCAGUGGAAUGGUACCAGUACGCCCUGCGGACUGGAGACGUGGCCCUGAGGGACACCUCCUGGAACCUGUCCUCCGUACUGCAGAGUGGGGAGUGGACCACCACCAGCAACGACCGGCUCAUGACCCUGCUGCAGCGCUCAGACCUCAUCUUGCAGAGUGAGAUGGAACUUUUCACGGCGCUGGAGGUCUGGAUCAACCAGAAUGAGCCGGAUGCUCUAACAGCGGAGAACGCUCUCAGAGCCGUCCGUUACGCCAUGAUGCCCCCGCGGGAGCUCUUCCGGCUGCAGACACAGUCUCCUCUCCUGGCCCGCUACCAGGAGUCGGUCCGGGACCUCCUCUAUCAGUCCUACCAGUUCCACUCUGCCUCCCCCCUCCACAUGGCCAAGUACUUUGACGUGAACUGUAGUCUCUUCAUGCCCAGGAACUACCUCUCCCCAGCCUGGGGGAGUCCUUGGGUCAUCAACAACCCCAUGAGGGAUGACCGCAGCACCAGCUUCCAGACGCAGCUUGGUCCCAGCGGCCAUGACGUCAACAAGCGGGUGACCUGGAACGCCCUGUUCUCGCCACGUUGGUUACCCCUCAGUAUGAGGACCAUCUAUUCUGAACAUGGCUCCAUGCAGCCGACGCAAGUCGACGGAGGGCAGCCGCGCAUCAUUAUUACCCCCGCUACGUCGAGUGUGGACUUCGCCGGGGUGAGUUUCCAGAAGACGGUGGUGGUGAUGGCAAGGCAGCAGGGGAACAUGGUGGUGAGACAUGUUUAUAACUUCCACCAGAGCACCGAGGAGACUGGGGACUUCCUGGUGGAAGCCGAUCUGCACCGCAAGACGUCUGAGUACCUCGUCGAUGGUUCCCUCUAUCUACACAUCGUGGUCAAGCCGCUCUACCGGACCCUCAUCUCUACCAAGAAAUGACCCCAAUCACUCUUUCUAUGCGUCCCAAUUCUCUGUCCUUCUGCCCUAAGUGUGCACUUAUUCACUUCCCUUCAUUCAUGUGGCAUGGUUGACACCAUGUAAGCCAACCUCUUAAAACAUCACACUCAUAUUGCAUAAUACACAAUGUCAAGGGAGAACCAACCAGCCAACCAACCCCAUAAUGUCUGCAACCAGCCAAACAACUCACCCCAUCAUGUCUGCAUCCACCAACCAGCCAACCAACCCAAUCAUGUCUGCAGCCAACCAGCCAACCAACCCACCAACCCACCCCAUCAUGUC